UUACUGUCUUGCGUCCGAUCACGCGCGGCCGAUGGACACGCUUCUCACGUGAUCGUUACAUGCCGAAAUGCCGAGGUCACGUUCUUGUUUACAGGCUUCCCUCAGCUCUUCUGUGUCAGCUCCGACUCUCUCUCGAGUCUACUCAACGACAAAGAUGAACGGACUGCCACUUCAGCUGGCCAGCACUGUUUUUCUUACCAUCCCCACGGAGAUAUGAUCGGCUAGGCAACAUUUCAGCAAGCGUUGCUGAUUGCGCCUGCACAAUGAAUACCCGGCUUUUCCGUUGCAUGAUAACUUUUGAGCACGUACUGGGUGAACUCUACUUGUGGUUCGAUAGCAUCGUUCCUAUAAAAUGCCAACCCAUCCGGUAUGCUGGCUUCCCCAUUCAGUGCCACCCUAUCCCCCCACCCGGUAUGCCCUCCGAGCCCAUCGAAGCAGAGCUCGCGUACCCUGCUGCGCUCAGCAGGGCACAGGAGGAGGAAUUCCGACAGCUGGAACACGAGGGCCCACUUCCGAGCCAGACCGCGACGAAACUGGGCUCUUCGUCACACAGUCUCGGCGAUCUUGAAGCCAAUUUCAUGCGCGCGGGAAGCACGUCGUCAAGUUUGAGCCGGGUGCGGGAGAGGAUCCAAGAGAAUGGAGCUUGGGACGGAAAUGUAUGCCUGGCUGUCGCUCUCGGUAGCUCGAUCAUCACCGGAGACCUACAGGGACCCGUGGCCGACCUGCAUACGACGCAAGAGACCGUGAACCUGUCGGUGACAUGUUUUGUGAUCGGUUUUGGCGUAGGACCCCUUUUCUUCGCGCCACUUUCGGAGGUCAUUGGAAGAACGCCCAUCUACGCGAUCAGCAUGUUCUUCUACUUUAUCUUUACAAUGCCCAGCGCCCUGGCGCAGAAUGCUGCUACGCUCGUCGUCGCGCGACAGCUGGCCGGACUGGCUGCUUCGGCACCCAUGUGCAAUGUCGGUGGAAGCGUGGCCGACGUGUGGGCUGUCGAGGACCGAGGAUUACCAAUGGCGUUUUUCUCUGCUACGAUCUUGACCGCUGGUGGGAGGCUGGAUCGGAAUGUACGCCGGCUGGCGGUGGAUCUGUUCGUGACUUCAUUCGCUUCAUUGAUUUCAUUUUCUCAAGUGCCUGGACAAGACUGGGUCCUUUUCAUAUUCACUGGUCUAACUUUCGCCAUGACCCUCUUCAUCCCUGAGACAUUGUCACCUGUGCUCUUGAGACGUAAGGCUGCGAGGCUCCGCAAGGAAACUGGCGACGACAGUUACCGAUCGCUCGGCGAACUGGAGCAUAUACCCUUCUCCCAGACCCUGGGCACAGCUCUACUUCGUCCAGUGAUCAUGGUCUUCACUGAGCCAGUGGUGCUCUUCAUGUCCUUUUAUCUGUCCUUCGUGUACAGCCUGCUCUAUCUUUUGUUCUUUGCCUAUCCUAUCACGUUUGCCGAGAUCCGAGGCUUUAGUCCCGGUAUGACCGGCGUCACAUUCGUCAGCAUCAUCGUCGGAAUCUCCAUUGCGAUGGUAUGCAUGCCUCAGCAGGAGAAGCUCUACGCGCGCGUCACUGUCUAUGGCACAUUUCCCGAAGCACGUCUGUAUCCCAUGAUGGUCGGGGCGAUCGUCCUGCCCAUCGCCUUGUUCAUCUUCGCAUUCACGGGCGCCUAUUCUUGGGUCAACUUUAUGGGGCCAUGUGUUGCCGGCGCCCUGUUUGGUUUUUCGAUGAUCCUCAUCUACGUGUCGGCCAAUUCCUACAUCGUCGACUCGUACUCGUCCUACGCAGCCUCCGCCAUCGCCGCAAAGACUAUCAUGCGUUCCCUCAUCGGGUCGGCCGUCCCGUUGUACGUCAACCAGAUGUUCGCCCACAUGGUUUCCAAUGGGCUGCCGUCAUCAGCCAUGGCGAUGCAGAAGAGUUGGGUGCCCCGCCUCCUCUACUACCCCCUGACGCUAGCACUCGUGCUCACAAGUCUCCGCCUCGUCUACAAAACGCGUCGAACGACACCUCAUAGUCUAAUCCCACCGUCUCUGAGGAUCCCUGCGCAAUGUACAGCUAUUCUCGCGCCGAUUCUGCCUUCAGAUAGCUAUCCGACGGACCGCAAGACGUCAGACCGAUACGUCCCAGGCACGCGACCGGUACUACUGCGUAAUGCGACGCUUUGGACAGGAAGGGACGACGGGCGGGAGAUCAUUCGCGGCGCGAGCAUUCUACUCGAUCAGGGUCUCAUUGUGGCCGUGCUUCAGGAAAUGCCUGAUGUUCAGGGUCUGGCGAAGGAGCGCGGACUGGAGAACAUCGAUGUGGUCGAUGUGCAGGGGAAAUGGGUUUCACCCGGAAUCGUCGAUGCACACUCGCAUCUCGGUGUCGGGAGCUCGCCGUUCUUAUCUGGUGCGCUGUAUCUUCUUUUCUUCAACAAAUUGGCGCUGAGUGCAAUGACCCAAGGCUCGUCGGACGCCAAUUCGCGCAAAGCUCCCAUCCUUCCUUGGCUGCGUAGCGUCGACGGUCUCAACACGCACGACGACGCGUUCCGGCUGACGAUGUCCGGCGGUGUCACGACGGCGCAGGUUGUGCCAGGUAGCGCGAACAACAUCGGCGGUCAGGCAUUCCUCAUGAAAUUGCGACCCACAGCAGAACGGUCCACGUCUUCGAUGCUCCUCGAACCGCCGGGCAACUUGUAUAUCAACGAUACAAACGCCGAUCAGCGACCCCGGUGGCGGCAUAUGAAACACGCGUGUGGCGAGAACACACUCCGUGUUCAUUCGCAAACCCGCAUGGACGCCACAUGGGAGUUUCGGCGAGCCUACGACGCGGCGCGUCAGAUUCGAGACGCCCAGGACGCCUUCUGCAAGGCUGCUCAGCAAGGCUUGUGGGACGGCGAGUCCGAGUUUCCGGAGAGCCUCCAGUGGGAGUCGCUGGUGGAUGUCCUCAGAGGCCGUGUCCGGAUAUCUACCCACUGCUAUGAGCCAGUGGAUCUGGACUCUCUCAUGCGGCUCACGAACGAGUUCAAGUUUCCGAUCGCGUCUAUUCAUCAUGCUACAAGCACGUAUCUAGUUCCAGACCUCAUCAAAACGGCCUGGGGAGGGCCACCAGCCAUUGCGAUCUUUGCGUCUGACUACAGACCGAAACGCGAGACCUAUCGAACAUCUGAAUUCAAUGCCCGCAUCCUUUCGGAACACAACCUGUCUGUGGUCAUCAAGUCCGAUCACGCUGUGACAGACUCGCGUUUCCUGAUGUUUGAGGCGCAGCAGGCUCACUAUUUCGGACUUGCCACGGCGCUUGCUCUGUCUGCUGUCACUACGAAACCUGCCGCUGCAUUGGGGGUGGAAUGGAGAGUUGGACUGGUCGCGGAAGGUUACGAUGCGGAUAUCGUUGUCUGGGACUCUCACCCACUGGCGAUCGGUGCCAUUCCGGCUCAGAAUGCGCCGGCCACCCCGAACUGGGACAAAGAGACUAACAACACGCUCGCGUUUGACGGACUCCCGCCUCUCGAGGGUCGCUUGAAUCGAGGGCUAGUCAAGUUCGUCGGCGUCAAGAGCUUGUGGACAAGGAGCGUGGAAGGCAACGGCCUGGACCGAAACACCGGCUAUGGUGGAAAUACAAGCUUCAGUGUGAUUGUGGGGAACGGCAAGGUGUUAUGCAGCUCGGAUUCUGCGUGUGCUCACUUGGAUGCUGGCGAUAUCGAGACUGUCGAUCUCGAGGGAGGUUCGCUGUCUCCAGGACUUACGUCGUUCGGAACCAAUCUCGGGUUGAGCGAGAUUGAGAUGGAGCCUUCUACGAUGGAUGGGGCGGUGUUUGACGAGUUGCGUGGGCCGGUCCCAAGUAUUCUGGGACACAGCGUCAUUCGCGCAGUCGACGGACUUCAAUUUGGGGGUCGGCAUGCGCUACUUGCCUACCGCGCCGGAGUGACUACCGGGAUCUCUGCGCCAAUUGGGCGGUUCACUCGGGGCAUCGCCGCUGCAUUUGAUCUGGGUGCUAGCCAUGGUUUGGAUACCGGCGCUGUAGUCCAAACGGAGACCGCAUUGCAUGUUGGUGUCAGCUUGAGCUCGCGGCUGAGCGUGAGCACGCAGAUUGCGGCGUUGCGAUUGGCCUUGUCCGUGGGGGAUGGUCCGUGGGUACGCGUCAGGAAGGCAAGUCUCAUUGCCGUGUUGGAUACGAUCAGACCGAUUGAUUGCCAACAGGGUGAGAUCCCUCUCGUAGUAAUGGUGCACAACGCGGAUAUCAUGGCCACGCUGCUGAUGGUCAAGCACGAGAUCGAGGCAACGUCGGGAAGCGCACUCCGCAUGACCUUCGCUGGUGCUCUCGAAGCACAUCUCCUUGCCAAGAAAAUCGCCGAGGCGAACGUUAGCGUCGUCGUAUCCCCGGGAAACCAUUUCCGGGCGCAUUUGAGAUGCGGAGAAGGUCGCAUGCCGGGGCCGCCGCUCACCGGGGAUUCGUCGUUCACCAUCCUCCUCAAACACGGAGUCAACACUGGAAUCGGAAUCAACCAAGUAUACCUCGCUCGCAACGCAAGAUUUGACAUGUCCAUGACCCAGCUGAACUCUGCCGGGAUGAUUGAUCAAGCCGCAGCAUUGGCCAUGGCAUCCAUCAAUGUAGAACGAGCAUUGGGCCUGAAUCCGCCUGCGUUUGGAAUGGAGGACUUGGUGGCUUAUCGAGGCGGGCAAGUAUUCGACAUGGAGAUUCCCAUGCGGACCCCGGCACGAACCCGUCCUGUCUUGUGCUCGACAAUGAUGGCGACUAGUCCACUCCACGCUCUUUUCCGACGACGCUCCCUUCGUAAACCCGCCUUCGCCUUCGCCCUGUUCAUCGUAAUCCUCAUACUCACACACUUCUUCCGCGACGAGUCCGUGUUUCUCGAUGCCGAGCAGACCACCCGGAUCGCCUUCCAGCUUGCCAGCCGCCGUGCACGAACCGUGACCAAGACACAAGUGCAUUUGAGGACGGAGACGGAGACGAUGACCCAUUGGGCCGCGCAUACCCAUACGCAGACACUCACGCAGACGGUAACGCAGCUGGGACAUCGCGCGCUGCCGACGGAUGUGAUUCCCCCCAUGCCAUUGAUGGAUGACGAUGUGCAGCAGGGUGUCCUCCGCCUCCCUGAGAUGCCCGACCUUCCUGGUUUCGGUGCCGGUGUUGAUGCGCAAGCGGCACAAAUCCAGCAUAACCACACCUUCCUCCCCAACGGCAUCCUCAUCGUCAACCCCCUCGCGCCGCACCCUAUUCCCAUCCUCAUCGAUCGAGCCACUCGAGCAUGGGAAGCAAAGCUUGCCAAUGCGAGCACGUCUUUGCGGGGUGCCGUUGCCGAGUACACCCGGCGCUACGGCCGCGCGCCGCCGCAGGGCUUCGACGUGUGGUGGGGCUACGUCCAGGCGCACGCCGUGCAACUGCCGGAUGAGUACGAUCAGAUCGAGAAGGAUUUGGGCGCGUUCUAUGGCGUGCGGCCGGACGUCCUGCAGCAGACGCAGAGAGACUGGGAGGCCCACCGGGACUCAUACACAAUUGGGGUGGACGACGACGGGUGGGAGGAGGGGCUGGAGGAAGACGAGUUGCUCAAGGACAGAGAGCGGACGCGGUUCCGCGUGCUGAAUUACACGCUGCCGGCUGACCCGAACGUCCGCCACGAGCUGAUGCUCGGCGCGUUCCAGGUUAUCGAUCUGCUCGAAGAGGUCGAAUGGGAGUUGCCAGAAUUCAGAGCCGUGUUCAGCCCUCACGAUAGUCCCAAUAUCGUUUCCGAUUGGGCGUUGCUACAGGAAGCACGAGCCGCAGCGAAGGCCGGCAAGCAUCUGGACCCAAACCAGCCACCAGCUCACAAACAAGGCUGGGUAUCUGCUUGUCCGCCCUCGUCACCAGCGCACCUAGCAGUGGGCACUGAUGAACUGCCACCUCCAUUUGAGGGUCAUCGACCUAAUACCGCCCCUCCCAGUGUCCCCGGCGGUGAUCCUCGGACGCGUGAUCAACCCAAAUCGUUCAUUCAUUCGCAAAAAGAGACCACGGAUCCUUGUCUGCAUCCUGCGCUCAUGCGAAAGCACGGUGCCUACCUACCCCACGGCGAUGGACCUGGCCCAUAUCCAUCUCUGAUCCCGCAAUUCAGCUACAGUGUCACUCCCCUGCACAGCGACAUCCGGACCGCGAUGCCUCUGAACUGGGUAAGCGACGACUUUCCUCCGCAGGCCGAUCUGCCCUGGGAACAGAGAACAGACGAACGGUUGCAAUGGCGGGGGAGCAACACCGGGAUCUGGCACUCUUCCGAAGGCCGAUGGAGAGACUCACAUAGGAUACGGCUCGCAGCGCUGACGUCGGGAAUGGGCGCCCCGAACGUCAGUGUUUUGCUGCCCAGCGACGACUCGGCUGUGGGUGACCCAGUCGAUGUGCCCAGAUCGCGGUAUGUGAACGCGCUGUUUGACGUGGCCUUUACAAACGGGGGGACGCAUGGAGGCGAGCGGGGCCGGCCGAGUAACUGCGAACCCGGUCAGUGUGAAGUGCUCGAGAAGAUGUUUGAGUGGCGGACUCCGCAUAACUUGGAAGCGGCCUCAAAAUACAAGUAUAUCCUCGAUGUCGAUGGCCACGGCUGGUCUAGCCGUUUCAAGCGUCUGAUGAAUUCUGGAUCGCUCAUCUUCAAGGCCACGACGUAUCCAGAAUGGUUCAGCGACCGAGUGCAGCCAUGGGUCCACUUCAUCCCCGUUCAAAACUCGUACUCGGACCUCAUCGACUCGCUCGUCUUCUUCCGAGGCGAUCCCAGCGGCCGGAAUGCCCACGACCAUCUGGCAAAGAAGAUCGCCGCCGCCGGCCAGAAAUGGAGCCACGCGUUUUGGAGGAAGGAGGACAUGGUCGCCUAUAUGUAUCGGCUGUUCCUGGAAUACGGGCGUGUCAUGAGCAGCGAUCGGGAGGCCAUGUCUUUCGAAAUGUGGGACGAUCGAGGAGACGACGAGAGAAGGGAGGCAGCGUUGAGAGCCAGAUGGUUGUAAAAGCUUUGUCUUUGUUGUCAGGAUUUCUUUACGGGGGAGGCAUCCCAGUCGCAUUCAUAGACUGUAUUCCGAUCGCGGACUGUCCAUUCAUGUGGUACACAUAUGUAUAAUAAUACGCACACUCCUUACAACUAACUACAAGUCGUUCGCCAACACCUAAACCCUG